GACAAUAGUGAGUGGUGCACACUUCCUUCGCAGAACACAGAAAAAAACAGACCCAUUUAAGAUUUGCUGGUGUAACAAUAGGAAGAAUAUAUUCCACUCCUCUCUUCUACACGCGGCUUAUGAGAUGAACGCUCGUCAAGAAGAACGUCCCCUUCAGCAGCAGGAGGAUCUACAGCCCCCCCACAUUAAAGAGGAAGAGGAGGAAGUGUGGAUCACUCAGGAGGAAGAGUGUCUUCUCGGGCAGGAGGAGGCUGAUCUCAGCAAGUUUCCACUGACUGUUGUCUCUGUGAAGACUGAAGAGCAUGAAGACAAACCACCUGAGUCCUCACAGCUUCAUCACAGUCCAAACGUCUGUGCAGAACAUCUUCUCUCUGAGCCACAGAAGUGGAGCUUCAAGAUGGACAAGGAGGAGCCACAGCCCUUCCACAUUAAGGAGGAAGAAGAGGUGCUACAUACAUUGCGAAUGCAAGGGGAAGAAAAUAACCCACUGACCUCCCAUUUUAAAGAGGAAGAGGAGCAACACAGCAUCAGUCAAGAAUGGUUGGAGAAGUUCUAUGUGAUUGUGAAGAGUGAAGAUGAUGAGGUCAAAGGUGAAAGUGAGAAGAGAGAGGCGGAGCCUCCAAGCAGCAGCUCAACACAACACAUGACAACAGAAGCUGAUGGAGACCACUGUGGAGGAUCACAAGCAGACAAGCUCUUAGCUCCACUAUCAGAUAGUGAGGACACAACGUCACACUCUCCUGACACUGAUGAUGAAAACUCUAAAGAUGAUAAGACAUGUAACACUGACAACAGUCACUUCACAUGUUCUCUCUGUGACAAAACAUUUAAAUACCAUUGUCAUCUGGUAAGACACAUGAGAACUCACACUGGAGAAAAAACAUUUUCAUGUUCAAUCUGCGGUAACGAUUUUACUCAAAGGGGCCAUUUCAAGGCACACAUGAGAAUACACACUGGAGAAAAACCUUUUUCAUGUUCAAUCUGCAGUAAAGAUUUUACUCAAAGGCCACAUUUGAAUGUACACAUGAGAAUACACACUGGAGAAAAACCUUUUUCCUGCUCAGAAUGUGGUAAAAGAUUUGUAUUUAUUGGCAAUUUAAAAGUACACAUGAGAACACACACUGGAGAAAAGCCUUUUUCAUGUUCAAUCUGCGGUAAAAAUUUUAAUCAAAGGCAAAAUUUGAAAAGACACAUGACAACACACACUGGAGAAAAGCAUUUUUCAUGUUCCAUCUGCGGUAAAGAUUUUACUCAAAGAUCCCAUUUCAAAACACACAUGAGAAUACACACUGGAGAAAAACCUUUUUCCUGCUCAGAAUGUGGUAAAAGUUUUGUAACAAAUCAAAGUUUAAAAGUACACAAGAAAACACACACUGGAGAAUAACUGUUUAUAUGUUCAAUAUGUGGCAAAAGUUAUAUAGAAAGACGACAAUUAAAAUUACACAUGAUAGAGCACUCUGGCAAAAUAACAUACCCCUGUUCAAGCUGCAACAAAAGCUUUUGUCAGCAACAAUCUUAUACAGUGACAUGAGAACACACACAGGAGAGAAAGUGUUGAGUUGCAGUGUGUGUGGUGAAAGAUUCUCUUAUAAGUACCAGUGUAAGAAACACAAGUGUGCUGGUGAGAACUGCAGCAGCAAAUGAAGAUGCAGGAUUUGAAAUAUACUGUCAAAACUUUAACUUUGACUUUCUAAAAACAUCAGCACAUAUAACAUGUGUGACAUCAUUGUUGUGUGUGUAACACAAUCUUGUUAAUAUGAUUCUAACAUUUAUAGAUUAGACACUUCAGAUUAGUGCUUUUAUUUCAGUCAAGUCCAUGAGUUAAUAUACACAUUUGUGUACUUUAAAAUGAACAAAAUAAUUUGACUGAAAAGGUGAGAAUAAGCACUACAUAAAAUAUGUUAUAUACAGUAAACAUUAUGUGUAGAUAUUCAUACAUCACUUUUAUACUUAUUCAUGAGAGUGUUUUAUAUAUGUUUUUGAAUGAUGAAGUGUUACAUAUUUAAUUUUAUAAUUGUAGAUGAUUCCAUAGAUGAACUCCUUAAUAUGAUGUACAUAUUUGUUUUAUAUGAGUUCAUACCUUUGCUUUUGAGUACACAAAAAUCCCUCUUAGUUCAUAUUUACUGGUUCACAUCUGAAACAUCUUCUGGACCACUUCUGGAAGCCUAUUGUUAUUUACUUUAUACAUCAUUUGAGCAGUUGUGUUUUAUACAAGAUAAUUUACUUUUGAAAUGUGUGACUUUAUUAAUCAUUUGUUGGGUCUCUAUAAUCCGAUAUUUUAAUUUUCUUUAUUACUUUCUUUUGUAAUAUGAAUAUUGUUGUGUGAUUGUUUUAUAUGUAUGUCCCCAGACUUUUAUGCAAUAAAGAAUGUAUGCUUCAAAUAAA